AUGGCUUACAAUACGGCCAGCGACACGGACAAUCUAAGCACUGCGGAGCAGCGGCCACGACCGUUCACCUCCGCUGCCAGGCGAGAACCCGCAAAUGAAAAUGGAAGCUAUGCGGUGCGACUGAUAGGAUCGCGUGAGGCGCUUGGUGAUUUAUGGGCAGCUUAUCCUGGUCAAGCGGCCAUAUGUAACUCGUAUAUAGAGUUUGCAGAUAUUGUAGCCAGAUGGCCUGGGUCCGCUCACGACAGCACAAUUUUCAACAAUUGUGCUCGGCGUGCAAUUUUGGAGAGUGGGGAUGGUGUUUUGUUGGUUGAUGGAGGAUAUGCAUCAACCCAUUACAUGAUGGCCUCUCUUGAAAAUUCUCGUUCCCCAGCUCAAAAUUUAUUUAAUAAAUCCCAGAUUCGCUCCAGAAAUGUAGUGGAGUGCCUCUUUGGAAUUCGGAAGAAGCAAUUUCCUGUUCUCGCUCUAGGCAUAAGAUUAAAAUUAAAAAACAUAUUUCCUGUAAUUGUAGCUACUGCAGUAGUCCACAAUCUCCUACUCCAGCAGGGAGAACAAGAUCCACCUGAUGAUCCAGACCUUGUUCUCCCUGCCCUUUGGCCCCAACUUCUGAUGGAAGGACAAAUAGCUGUCCAAUCAGAUAGGAGAAGGAAGGAAAUGAUGUUGCUCGGCCUUUGCUAUGAGGUGCCAUGUCAACAUCUUUUGCGUCUCGUGUCUCGCUUCUUUCCGGAGACUCCACCUCGGGGUGAAUUUCAAAUUGAACAGCAGCAGCAACAUAAGCAUCAUCCUCCUCCACCUCUUCUAGUUGCUGUGGCUCCUUCACAUAUCCACGUCUCAUAG